CUUUUUUCAGCUUUAGUUUCAGUUUCAGUCGUUGUCGUGUCGUCGUGAUGUGCACAUCUUGAGAAGAUUGCGGUGCUUUCUGGGCGCAGCUGUCGGUUCUAAUGGAAAAUAAUUAAUUUCAUAUUUAAUUUCAAGCCCAUUGAACAAUGUAAACAACAAAAACGAUUAUCGCGAUGGGUGCGGGAUUGCUGCCAGCGCUGGCUUUCGAUUAGAACGUUAACAAAAAACGAAUUCGAAGGUUGCCGGAUCGAGAAAUUGUUGGAAAAUAACUAUUUUAUAUAGAAAAAAAAAUGGUCCAUACGUUCCAACAAUUUGUCAGGUUCGCGCUGAUAACUCUCUAAGGACUACUAUAACUAAUUUGGUUGUUUUUUCGAUCUGGUUCUUCCUCGAUUGCAUACAUAUUGCAAACAGCAACAUCAGCAACAUCUAACAGCAACAGCAACAUCAGGCAUUCACCGUCAACAAAAGUUAAACAAAGCAAAGAACAUGAGUUCGCCAAACUGAAAAUUAUUUUGCGCAUAUGGAAUGCUGCACACAUAGCUAUAGCAGUAUAUACUUAUACCGAUAUAUACCUAUAUAUUUGCCUAUGUUAUACACACACAAAUCUAAAUAAAAUCUAAGUGCAAACCAAUUGUGAUUUAAGCUAAUGACCACGACCGUAAAAACAGCUAUAUAAGUGUUAUAAAAAAUCAGUUUUCAAAUUUAUUAAAAAAUUCAACACAAAUGAAAACCAACAAACGCCUUGUAAAUAGCAAAACCAACUAAAAUAGAGACUUAACAACAUUUUCUUAUGCUAAUAGAAUAAACUUGAUGAUAACAAAUUCUAAACAAAACCAUUACAAACAACGAAUAUACAAACAACGGAGUUUACACAACCACAAAUGAAUAAAGGAGUACAUUAUUAAAGGAGAGGCUUAACAACUCUCUUUAAACCGUGUUGCCUGCAAUUUGGAAGGAUCGCAACCCAAAAUGGCGCCACAACGCGCAAUGCAACCUUACCAACAACAAAGGACACAACAAGUACAAUUUACUUGGCAAAGGCACCAGAAUCAGCCAUUAGAAGCAACAACAAUGGCCAGGCAACGAUAUAGAGUGGUGAAAAAAUGAAACAAAAACCAGAAACGAAUUUUCCACUCAAAUUUGCAUUCAGCCAAAGAUAUACAAAAGUCUAAACAAAGAGGAAGGAAACAACACACAACCGUGCACAAGAAAUUCAAAACGAAUAGGGGUCAGAGGGCACGCACACACACCGACACUUAUACGGACACGGACACGGACAACAACAGGACACAGGAACCACAACACAAAUACAUCUGAAAGGAGCACAUAAAACUUAGAGAACACACAGACACAAAAAAGCGCCGAGUGCAUAGUGAAUAAUUUCCAACGAAUUUCCAAAAGUCUACGAAACAAAUCUAACAAAACGUUCAUUACAAAUAACAAAAGAAUCCCAUAAAAGUUUUGAAAUUUGCUCUGUGAUUUUCUAUCAGAAUGGUUUACUAGCCCAAUAAUAAUAAUAAUAUUUAAUAAAAUAAUAUAUAUUUAUAAAUAUUGCUGCAUAGCAUUCCAAGCCGACACUCCAAAGAAAACAAGUUAUCGAAUCAUUAUUGAAAGCUUUAAAUCCAACCGGAGAGAUAAACCCGAAAUGUUUAUAAAUAUUAGAUACAAAAAUUAACAACACUGCAAAUAAUUAGAUCCGCAGAAGCUUUUCAACUCCCGACAAGCGUCAACGAACUCAAUCGACUAGAAAAAAUUACAAAAAAUCACUAGAGGAACAAUCCAAAGCAGCAGCCAUGGACGAAAUGCCGGACCUGUCGCACCUGACGCCUCACGAGCGGAUGCAGAUCGAGAAUGUCCUUAUGCGCCAGAAGCAGGAGGAGGAGAAGCAGAAUGAGAUCAUGCGACGCAAACAGGAUGAGGUGGUGACGCUGGAAAUGCAAAUCAGACAACGCUCCGAGCAGCAGAAGAAGGCCGGCGUAGAGCUGGAUGCCACCUGUCACAUCUGCCUUAAGACCAAAUUCGCUGACGGUGUCGGCCACAUCUGCCACUACUGCAACAUUCGGUGCUGCGCCCGAUGCGGCGGCAAAGUAACUCUCCGUAGCAAUAAGGUAAUCUGGGUGUGCAUUCUGUGUCGCAAGAAGCAGGAGCUGCUGUCCAAAACUGGCCAGUGGAUAAACAAGACAGCGGGCCACCAGGACGGAUUCAUCCGACGCAUUGAGCCAGAUGGCAGUAGUGACAUCUCCCAGCAGACCAUCGUGGAUCCGCACGACCAAACGGACAAGCGGCCCAAGCUGGAACGAACUCGCAGCGCCGCCGAAAAGGAGAAUCUGCCCAUGCAGCGAGCGGGGAGCAUGCUCCGGCGUCAGUACUCGCAGCAGGAGCAGCCCACCAACCGGAGGCUCUCGGUGUCGGAUAGCGGAAUGGAUCCCAUGAUGAGCCCGGGGCAGCAGCAGCAAAUGCAGCACCACCAACAGCAACAACGCUCCCGCAUGCAACCGAUGAAUCCUCAGCAGGCGCAGCAGGCAUAUGGAAUGCAACAACAGCAGCAGCAAAGAACUGGAGGCAAUUAUCCUGAAGACGAUCCGCGUUAUUAUCAGGGUGAGCUAGAUGGUCUGAUGAGGCAGCAUCCGCACCUGGCGCAUCCCAGCCAGGUGCAACAGCCACACCAGCCGCAGUCGCAACACCAACAGCAGACGCAACACCAUCCACAGCAGCAGCAGCAACACCUUAUGCCACAGCAACAUCGCCAAUCACCGCAGCAACAUGCACCCCAGCAGCAGCAGCAAUUUGCGGGCCGGCAGCAGCAGCAGCAUCAGGUGCAGCAAUCCUACCAGGCGCAGAUACACCAGCAGCCACACCAGCCCAUGCCACAACACCACGGGCAGCAAGGCAUGUCGCAAAUGGGGGGCUACCAGAAGCCUCCUCCCUUGACUCGGAACCUAACAAUUUCCGGAGGACAUGCCAUGGACACCACCUCGUACAGCCAGCAGCAGCAACAGCAACAGCGCCGGGCUCUGGCAGGGUCCCAGUAUGCCUCGCAGCAGCAGAGAUCUUUCAGCAGCUCCGAGGAGGAGUUCCAGCAUCAGCUGAUGCAGGCCCAGGCCCAGGCUAGUGGAGGUAUGGCCAGCGUGGUUACCGCCGGAUCUGACUACGACGGCGGGCGCCUCCAGGUGCGCACCUCUCUGGAUCCGUGGCGCCAGCAGCGGAGCCUCAACGAGCGGGACCUGCUCAGCACCGGCGGUGACUUACGCCACCUGUCGCAAACCAAUCAUCGGUUGUACGCCUCCGCGGACCAGCGAGAUCGCUACGAGCUGCAACUACAGCACCGCGAGCGCCUCGAGCAGUAUCCGCUGACGCGAACGGCGCGCCUGGACGUGCAGCAGCGGAACUCGCUCAAUCGGAGCAACCACGAGCGGCAGUUCUCCACGGCUGGUGGAGCGGGAGCAGCGAGUGGUGCUGCUGGCGCCUACCGACGUGCCCCGCCCUUGGCCGCUGCCGGCGGCGGCGGCAGCAGCAGCAGCAGCACCACUAGCAGCAGCUACUAUCCCCAGGGGAAGCCGCAGAUUGUGAUUGGUCCGGGAACAGGAUCGGUAUCGUUAUCGGCAUCAGGUUCCUACGAUCGUGGGGCAGCCAUGGCGGCAGAGGCGGCACGGGGCAGUGGCCAUCGCGGCCUGCUGGGCGCCUCUAGGAGCGGCGGGGGCAGCAGCUCCGUCAGCUCCACGGAGGCGGCCUACUGGGACGAACCGGCCACCAGCUCCUCCUCGUCGGCAGCCCAGGAUUCACGUCGCUUCACCGAGCGCAGAAUAAAGAAGACGGUGCGCUUUGAUGCCCACGAUGACGAUGCCGCCUUGCUGGCUGCCAACCAGACCCUGCCCCCGGUGACCGGAAUCCUGCCCUCAACGGCGGUGGAUGUGGGUGCGGCCACGAUUCUGAGCAGCGGGAAGACCUUGGACGGCGACUGGUCGCGUUGGGAGUCGGAGCGCCAGGGCAGCCAGGACUCGGCCACCAAGGACUCGGGCAUCGAUACGAGCAGCACUUUCACCAGCAGCGAGGACUCAAACCGCGGCGACGGGCCCAAGAAUCCGGUGAAUUGGCAAACAUCCGCGGACAAUACUCGCCUCAUCGGGCAUAUGAUAUUGCGUAAAUACUAUGACGGGGAGGAUAUAUUAGGCUUAAAGGUCAACGGCGGUCAGCCCCUCGGAGGGGGCAUCGGUGGCGGAGGAGGAGGAGGAGGAAUUGGAGGUCCAUGCGGGGCCAUUGUGGAGAAGGUGAAACGCGGAUCGGUGGCCGAUCUCGAGGGCCGGAUUCGACCAGGCGACGAGAUAAUCGAGUGGAAUGGCCGCAGCCUGCACAACAAAAGUGCCGACGAGGUGUACGACAUCAUCGACGAGAGCCGCCUGGACGCCCAGGUGGAAUUGAUCGUGAGCCGGCCGAUAGGGAACAGCGGUGGCAGUGGCGGCAGUAGCAGCAACGUCAGUCCAAGCAGUGCCUGUUCCGCUUCCGCGUCCGGUAUAUCCGGCAUUUCCGGCGGCUCCGCCAGCAGCAACGCCCCGCGUCGCUCCUCGGCCAACUUUCCGCACAGCGGACUGGCCAGCAGCAUGGCCGGAAGUGCGGUGGUCAGCAGUGGCGGCAGAUAUCUCCAGCGCAAAGCUCCUGCGGUUGAGGCUAUCGAAAUCCAUCGGGAUAAGCCAAGUGUGCUGAUCACCUCGCCCGGUUCGCCGGACAUCCAUACCGGUGUUCCAGGAUCAGGAGCUGGCGGAGGACUGCGGCAACGUGGCGUCGUCGCGCAUCAAACGCAACGCCUGGGACCAAGUCACAGCAGCCAUAGCCACAGCAGCAGCGGGAGUGGCAGCGGCAGCAGUACCAGCAGCGCCCACACCGCCCCCUCCAACCUCACCAACCUCGCAUCCGCCACCGGCUCCGCCUCGGGCGGUCUGCACGGCGCAACGACGGCGGGCCAUCAUCACCACCAUUGCCAUCCGCAUUCGCAUCAGCACCCGUUACAGCAUCAGGGACUGCCCGCCGCCCACCUGCACGGUCACGGGGUGGGCGGGGGCGUGGCCAUGGGAGGCGGUUCAGGUACCACCACCCAACCUGUGCCGAUUGAAGGUCGGUUGCAGCUGAAGCUUGGCUACGACCAGAACACGUUGCAGCUGAUCGUGACCCUGGUCUGCGCCACCGGCCUCUCCCUUCGCCAGAGCGGAGCGGGCCGCAACCCCUACGCAAAAGUGUUCCUUCUGCCCGAUCGUAGCCACAAAUCGAAGCGGCGAACAAAAACGGUGGGCACCACCUGUGAGCCCCGCUGGGGCCAGACCUUCAUUUACUCGGGGCUGAGACGGUGCGACCUCAAUGGCCGGCUGCUGGAGGUGACGCUGUGGGAUUAUGUUCGCUACGGGGCAAAUGACUUCAUCGGCGAGGUGGUAAUCGAUCUAGCGCACCACAUACUGGACGAUGAGGCGGAGUGGUACCAGCUGCAGCCUCAUCAGGAUACCUCCUACCUCUUACGUGACGAGGGCAGCGAUGUGGACGGCCUGAUACUGACACCGACAGAUCAUUUAUCACCGCCGAGCACCAUGUCGCGUUUGAGCGACUCGGACACAACGUCCGACUGUGACAUCGAUGGAAUGACCCCGGGGGCCAGCAUCUCGUCGAUGGGCAGCUCAGCGAGUCCACCACCCCUGCUUGAGCUCGAUCUAAACGAGCGUCGCUCCAGACGCGACAUGUCUCCCCAGGGCCGCAAACGCGUGGCCGGGAUGGUGGCCCGCGACUACCGCACUGUAUCUGGCAUCGGACAAAGUUACCACAAUCAGGCAUCUGCCAGCGGCUACUAUCGUCGCGGAGGUGGUAAUGGUGUUGGUUCUGCCAUCGGUCCCGGUGGCAUGAGCCUUAGCCAACGCAGCCACUCAGCGGCACCCAGUGACAGCUACCACAGUGGUGGAGGAGGCAGCGGCGUGCCAUCUAGCGGAGUGGGCUACGGAUAUCGGAGUACCAGUCCGCGGCGCGGAUCUCUUUCGCCUCCCGACGAUCGCUACAUAGACUAUCCAGUGCUUCCAGUUCACGGCUCACCCAACGCUCCAUCGGGAUACCAGGGGCCGGGUGGCGCAUCCUCAGCGUCGGCUGCUACGCAGCAGCAGCGGUUCCAGUCGCGAUCGGCUACAGCCACGCCCACAGGCUCACCCAAAAAAAGGCAACUGCCGCAGGUGCCCCAGACAUCUCGCAGCGCCAUGUUGAGAGACCGACUCGGUCAGGACUUCGACGAGCGACUGGCAUCGGGCGGCCGCUUUGGGCGGCAUCGCACAAGGCAGCCCCACCACCAGGCCACCUACCGCAGCACUGGGAUGGGCGGCUGGGAGCGGCACUAUACGGGCCUUUCCGACAGCGACUUGCACUCGAUGGACACCAGGAUGCGACCACGACACUCCCUGUCCCCGGACAAGGACUUCAUGGGCGAGUUCGGCGACUCUGACAUGGAGUCGGUGGUCAGUGUGACCUCCAGCGCCUUCUCCACGCAGUCGGAGCGUCCGCGAACCUCGCGCGGCCUCAGCUUCCCUCGCAACUGGCGCAAUCUCUUUGGCGCCCGCAACAAUUUCCUCAGCGGAUCCGGAGGGGAGCCAAUCACCGGACUGCGGCUGCACCACUCGGAGCCGGGCAGGGCCAACACCAUUGAGGUGGAUGAUUGCGAUUACCUGCCCGCCGGCGGAGCCCAGCAACUGGUUCUUCUCGAGCAGCUGGAGCAGCUGCAGCAUCUGGCCGCUCUAGCGGCUGCCGACUCGCCGCCAAUCUCCGCCAGAGUUGGAAUGGGCAUUGCCCCGCACCAAGUACUGGUGACGGAUGCCAAUAGUGGCCAACUGGUGGAGCAGUUCUUCGUGGAGCCAGGCACCGUGGCCGAGGAGGCCCUAAUGCCGCUGGAGCCACUGGACCCACUCGAUCCCCAUGCGCAUCUGCAUCCACAUUCCGCCUUCUACUCGCCCCAUGUGCCCACCACCAUGACCCCAUUCGACAUUUUUCCACCAAGACGCUCGAACGGACUGAAACCAAACGUACAAGCCACCUCCGCCGCCUAUCCGCUGCAACCGCAACCACAACCGCUGCCGCUGCCGCUGCUACCGAGCUUUGAGCAAUUCAAGCGCAUUACCUCGCCCAUCACCAAUCUCUUCCGCAGCUCUUCGCCAGCGGGCGGCCACGCUCACGCCCAUGCCCACGACCAUGCAACGACUUCACCCAGUUCUCUAGUGGGCUAUGUGAGGGAUCACCUGGACAAAAGCUGCAGCCACUGCCAGAACGGAAGUCAGCCGGUGGUACUGUCCACGCACCAUACCCUGCAGCUAAUCGGUGCUUGCCCGGAUCCCUGCUGUCUGGCGGACGCGCACCCCCAUCCCCAGCACCAGCCCAUGGGGUAUCCCUACGUUGGCGAACAUCAGCCACCGUCCUCUGAUCCGGCCAUGUGUGGGGAGUGUGUCGAUCAGCACUUUCUCGGUGGCUUGACUGGGCCGCAACUGAAUCUCGGUGUGGUGCCCACCUAUCACGUGCACACACCAACGCCGAACGCUCAUCGAAGGGCCAGGGGGCAGAUGAACACACCGGCGCCGCCACCGACUCAGUCGGUCUUGCGACUAUCUCGGCAGCUAAGCGAAGACGCCUUGGUAGCAGCCGUACCCAUUUCGGAGGCGAAAGCCCAACCAACGUCGAUUCUCAAGAAACCGAAGCUGGAGCGGCGAAGACUCUUCCAUGAGGGGCAGUCGCGAUCUCUGGACUACGAUGACCUGCACACAAAGAGCUGGGGCAGGCGUCGCAUUCGCUACGAGGACGAGGUGGCGCCCACAGAUGAUUACCCCUAUCCGCAUCCAAGCGCCUAUGCCCACUCGCCUACCUCGGCCAUGUCCCGAAGAUACGGCUCGGAGACAAACAUACGGCAGUCGUACAUGGGAGCCAAUGUAGAUGCCAGCAAUCCGUUGAGUCACUCGCACUUCCUGGUCACGGACGACAAGAUAGUGACCAUAACCUACGACUCUGAUGUUGGUUGGACGCGUCGUGGUGUGGCGCCUUCGCUUUUUCGAGGGCCGCACCGCCAACGAGGCCUGACCGAUGCCAGGCACCACAUGUCCCUAGAUCUGCAACGGACCAACCAGCAGAAACUGUACGGGCCGGCGGCUCCGUAUUUGAAACGAAGGCGGAACCUGCCACAUCCACCUAGUGCCCAAAACGCGCACAACUUUUCGCCAAUGGAGGGGGGAGCGGAUCAACUGAAUGCGGCUGUGGCGGGAGUGGAUCAAAUGGGCAACGGCGGAAUGGGUAGCGGUGGUGGUGCACACAACACAUAUAGCAAUACCGCCACCACACACAAUAGCAACCACCAGAAUAGCCUAGCGAGUAGUGUUAGCAAUCAGCAAUCAGCUAGGCAAAAAGGGAAAGAAGGCGGAUCGAUGAUCGGAGCAUCGGAGCAGCUGACGAAAUCUAGUAGUGGGAGCGGUGGUGCAACAUCUGCUGCCGCUGCUGGGCAUCAUGUCGUCGGUGGUACUAAUGCUAAUAAUGCUUCUUCUUCCUCUUUUGCAAAUCCCCAACCACCACAACAACAACAACAACAACUACAUCAUGGAUCACCCAAUAAUAACAACAAACGUGUCCUUUCAUCAACGACAACAACAAAUACACCACAACAAUCACACACUGACGCCAAUAACCUGACGCUUGACGCCACACAACAACAACAACAACAACAACAACCACAACUUCAAAACCAACAACAACAACCAACGCCAAAUACAUGCACAAAUCUCAUAACAAACACAACAACAACAUUAUCAACAACCACACCAUCGUCGAAUGCAACGAAUGCGGCGACAACGACAACAACAACAACUGCAACAACAAAUGCUACAACAACUGCCACAAAUCCAACGACAACAACAACAACCAAUAACACUAACGAACCAAACGCAACAACCAACACGAAUGCCGACGCGGAUGCGGAUGCUGAUGCUGAUGCACCGCUGGACGCAAUCGACUGGGAUGCAAUCGAUGCGAUGCUGGACGAUGACUUCAGCGAGUACGACAAGGACAAGAACGGCGCCGACGAAGCGGGCGGCUCCAAAUCAGCAGAAGGAGCUGGUGCCGAAGGCGAAGAGAAAGUCGAUGGAAGCCUCUCGGAUACCGCAACGGACAGAAAGAAAGGCGGCGCCAUUGACCAGGAGCGGUCGCCCAAGGGCGGCAGCGGCAUGGGCAAGAAAUCCAACUCCACCUCGCAGCUUUCGGCAACAGGUCGUAAAAGACGUAUGGGCUUUGGAAAGAAGGGUAAGAACUCAUUCACGGUGCACCGCAGCGAAGAAGUGCUGCCCGGGGAUAUCACGCGAGAGCUGCGAAGCAGCGGCGGCGCAAGCGUCGGCGGUGCCAGUGGAGCCGGUGGUGGCGGCCUGUCCCGCGGUUCGUCCUCGGAGGCGGACGCCAUCGAGCAGUUUUUCGGCGAUGGUGCCGGCGGGGAAAGAUUCUCCCCCUCGUUGCGAAAUGAUGGUGCCCUCAAUGAGUUUGUGGAUGGCCUGGGCCCAGGUCAACUGGUGGGUCGUCAGGUGCUGGGAGCUCCCUCGCUGGGAGAUAUCCAGCUAUCGAUGUGCCACCAGAAGGGCUUUCUGGAGGUGGAGGUCAUUCGAGCCAGAGGGUUACAGCAAAAAGCCUCAUCGAAGAUGUUGCCCGCUCCCUAUGUGAAGGUUUAUUUGGUGUCGGGAAAACGCUGUGUGGACAAGAUGAAGACAUCGACCGCCCGGAGAACCCUAGAUCCUCUUUACCAACAGCAGUUGGUGUUUAAGCAAUCAUAUACCGGUUGCAUACUCCAGGUGACCGUCUGGGGAGACUAUGGGCGCAUCGAGAAAAAGGUGUUCAUGGGCGUGGCGCAGAUAAUGCUCGAUGAUCUGAACCUAUCGAACAUCGUGAUCGGCUGGUACAAGCUCUUUGGCACCACCUCACUGGGUCGUCCGAUUGUUUGGGCCGGUGAAUCAGUCAUUAUGGAGGAGCCGGGCGAAUAACAAUUCACAACACUCUCAACCCAAAAACCAACAAACAACACAACAACGAAAACACUUUAAGCACCUAAGCACAAAUCAAAAUCAAGCGAACUCUAAAACUGAACUGGAUUCAUAACCCUUGCAACGAGCUGCCAGCCAGGCAGCCAAAUAGCAAAGGACCAAGGUUAGCCUGCAGAAACGGAUACCCGGAAGCCGCCUGACCGUCGUUCGGCAUGUUGGUGGCCUCAGCCUAAGCCUAAGUCCAAACCUGUAUUUUUUUCUAUUUUAUCACGGAGGAAUAUUUGAACAGAAAACAUUGAAACAGAAAAAAAAAACAAAAAAAUAAUAACUAUUAAAAAAAACCAGAGGCUAUCCAAUUUUUGUAAGUCAUGAAAACAAUUGCAUUUAAAUGAAUGAAUGAAAAACAAAAACCACAGGCAGUGUGGAGAUCAAUCGCUUAACUAGGGAGUAAAGACACAAGAUAGGGGUACAAGCAGUCUAUAUAUAUAUAUACAUAUAUACAUGUACACAGAUAUAACGGAUAACAUUGGACAAAGGAUACUUGUAUAUUAUGCAUAUUUAAAAUAAUUUUUACUAAAAACCUAAGAUCACUAUCAUUUUCGUAAUACGAUUACUACGAUUAUUAUUAUAUUAAAAAUUAUUAUGGAUAAAAGAUAAAAAAAAAAAUAAACAACCAAAAAAAAACGAGAAAAACUAAUUAAAUCGGAGAAGGUGGAUAAAGUUCAAGUGCUAAUGUCAGUCAUGCCUAAGUCUAAACCCGAGCCGAGGCUCAGAGGAUAUAAAAUGUUUAAUGAAAAAUUAGCUAAAUCUAAAUCAGUCAAGAGAGAGUUAUAGAUUUUCAGAGAGGCGUUAUUUAAGUAUAUUAUACAUACAUAUAUAAAUCGAUAUAUACAUAAAUAUAUUUACCGUUUAAGCAAGCAAAGAACCACUAACACUUAACUAAGCCUAACUUACGAUAAAACCAGAACUUAAAGUUAAAGCUUAAGUUUAGGUAACCAAUGGAGGCAUGAGAUAUAUAUUAAUCGAAUAACAAAGAACAACAAAAUAUUUACCAAGCGAGAGAUGAGCAAGUUUAACUUAAUAACGCAAAUCUGAAAUUAAGCUGUAUAAAGAAUCCACCCACUCACAUACCACACGUACAUAACCGAUAACCGAAUAACGAUUACCAAUUGCCGCCUACGCUUUCUGAUUUUUACUUUACGGCUCUACGCUCCGCCAAAAACUCCGCAGCCACCCCAAAAUGUAUGAGUUUUUGCCGAUGGCGCUGAGAAUGCUUAUUUUACACAAACAUAUAUUUGAGGCAGAAAUUGUAUAAUUUAAACGUUAAAAACUUAGAGAAAAGAGAAC